AUGGAGAUGACGAAGGAGUUCGAGAUGACCGAUAUUGGAUUGAUGUCUUACUACCUUGGAAUUGAAGUGAGACAAGAAGAUAAUGGAAUUUUCAUUACUCAAGAAGGCUAUGCUAAAGAGGUUCUUAAGAAGUUCAAGAUGGAUGACUCGAAUCCAGUAAGCACGCCAAUGGAAUGUGGAGCCAAAUUGUCAAAGCAAGAAGAAGGAGAGAGUGUAGAUCCAACACUAUUUAAGAGCUUGGUUGGAAGCCUACGCUACUUAACGUGCACAAGACCUGACAUCCUAUAUGCAGUCGGAGUUGUGAGCCGAUACAUGGAGCAUCCAACAACAACUCAUUUCAAGGCAGCUAAAAGGAUACUUCGCUAUAUCAAAGGUACCAUAAACUUUGGCUUGUAUUACUCUGUUUCUGACGAUUACAAGCUUGUUGGAUUUAGCGAUAGCGACUGGGGUGGAGACGUAGAUGACCGAAAAAACACAAGCGGAUUCGUGUUCUUCAUUGGAGAUACAGCUUUCACAUGGAUGUCAAAGAAGUAA